UGUGCUUUCAGAUUCCUGCAUUGUUAAUUGGGAAAGUGGUGGUUGUGAUUUCACCCUUGAUAAGCUUGAUGCAAGACCAGUGCUGGAAGCUAACAAAAUCUCUUGAGUGCUUCACUUUUCCUUAACUCGUUUUAGUUAUGCCUGCUAAAGCAACUCUGUUUGACAAGAACUGCAAUCCUCUACUGGAGCUUGGAACUGGUCCUUACAAUACUAUUCGAUGGAAUCCAAAGGGAAGAUUUUUAUGUUUGGCUGGCUUUGGUAACUUACCUGGUGAUAUGGUGUUCUGGGAUUACGCGGAUAAGAAACAGCUCGCAGCAACUAAGGUUGAAUGGUCUGUUACAAGUGAAUGGUCUCCGGAUGGGUGCUAUUUCAUGACAGCGACAACAGCUCCGAGGCUUCAAGUUGACAAUGGGAUCAAGAUUUUUCACUACAAUGGAUCAUUGUACUUCAAGAAGAUGUUUGACAAGUUGUUCCAGGCUGAUUGGAAACCAGAGUCGCCAAGUAAGUUUGGUGACAUCGCUGAAUUAAUCAAGUCUAUAGACUCUGUAAAACUUGAAGAUAAAAAACCAUCAGGUCAAGGACCAAAACCUACCCAGGCUUCUACAAAAGCCUCAUCUGCCAACCCCCCUGCGCAAAAACCCGCUGCCUAUUGCCCACCACUUGCUAAGACUGCAGCUGUUAUUCAGGCACAGCUACUUGGAGAGAGCCCUUCAGAAACAUUGAGCAAGAAUGCUUUACGAAACAAGGAAAAAAGGGAGAAGAAAAAGGCGGCUACAGAUGCCAGUUCUUCAUGAUUGAAUCAAGAUUCUCCCUGGCUCACUCUAGAUUCCUUCUCUAUUACUGCACUCAAAUGCAUGAGAAGUUGAGGCUUUUGGUUUAAGCUUCUUGAAUUUAAUUGUAUCACGUCCCUGGCAGAGAACUUCAGGCAAUUUUGGUUUGUUUGGAUCUUUGAGAUCAUUGAAGUUUUGAUUUUAUA